GAUUUAGUGGAAAUUAUGUCUUAUUAUUUUAUUUAUUCGAAUUAUUUGAAUUUAUUUGAUUUUCUUACAGUAAUUGGUUUGUGCGAGUACCAACAAUUCUAUGGGGCAAUGCGUAUCUCGUAAAGGUGCGCACGCAUUGGCUAGAUCAUCAACGUCAAGGUCACCGCCAACAUUGCGUCGCGCAACCUCAACACGUUCAACCACAGCGGCUAUGCAUCAUAAACAUUCAACAGUGACUGUUUAUUCAUCGUUACGAUCACCAUCGGGCACAAAUGAGAAUAAAGGGGCAACAAAACGUAAUCCAGGUACAACACGUGGCACUGCAAUGUCAUUUGGUUUCCGCCGUCGACCCGUGUCUGCGUCACAAGUAAUUUUACAAGAUAAUAGUAAGCCCAGUGAUAUUGAUUCGAAUGGGAAUGGUCGUGAAACGUAUGACACAGAUGUACAACACAUAUCACAAACGGAUGGCAUUGGUGGUCGUAUACCAUCCGGUCGUAAAGAGACCAGUCAAAAAGUAUUAAAUCGUUUUGGUUUCAAACCACCGACCUCAACACCAAAAUCAUUUACUAACAAAGUAAGUGAUGCGCGCGAUGCGCACAUAAUCAGUCAUAACAACAUUGAAAAUAAGAAUAAUAAUUUGGAGAAAGUCACAUCAUAUGCUCCCACUAAACAAAAAUUGAAUAUGGCGGACCAAAAUAAAAAUAAACAACAGAUACAGCAGCAUAUGCCAUCGAAAUAUAAGUUGUACAGUACGAAUUUACCGCGACCACAGAUGCCAGUACGUUUAUCGGAUAAAAAUGCCAAACAAGUAGCGAAUCAUUCAAGAAGACAGGGUACACAUGCAGCGGCUACACAUGACGAUAGUUCAUCGAAAGAGGGUUCAGUAACAGAAGAUUCUGGUGUGAGUAGUCAUACAAGUGAUCAAGCUGAUUUAGAUUCGUUGCAUUCAAUACGCAUGCUAGAUGCAUCACCGACUUCAAGAACGUAUCGACGCCAACGACAGUUGGAGAUGGUUGUGAAAGGUAAACAUUUCGAUGUACGUGAUUUAAACGAUGAUGGAACUGUCAUUGAAAGUACAUUGAUACCCUUACCAAAAUUACCUAGUGUAUUUCAAACGGAACCACAACAACAUUACCAAGAAAUUACAUCACAACCGCGUCAUUCAUUACCCAACACUACUGGUUUGAUGUCGCAAAAAAGUUUCGUACGCGAUCGAAGUUUAGAUUACCAGAGAAUGAAUACAUCAACUUCAUCGACUACAACCACACAUACUUUAUCAUCGCAACCUGAUCGAAUGAUGUCAUAUUCGUCAACAUCUGAAGAAAGCACAGAAGAAAAAGUUCGAAGGGAUCGUUCGCAUAAUGAAAAGGCCUUAAUUCGAUCACCACAUAGUACUGAACGUCAUGAUGUUAGUCCUGUUAGUUCGGAUGGCGGAGACUGUGGGGGUGAAGCAAUGAUCGAUAAUUAUAGUUUCAGUUUAAGUUCAAGUGAUGAAAAAGAAGUGUCUCCGAUUACUAGUCACACUACCAGUCCUGCAACAGUGCUAAAACGUGCAAAUCUUGCAUUAAAUACAAUACCGUUACAAUCAGCCCAGCCUAGUACGACACAUGAAGUGUUACUUACAAUAGAAGAUCCAAAAUUCGCAGCUGUCGCUGCAUCAGUGACUGGUCACUUAUUAGAAGAUGAGACAUCACCUGUAGAUAGUUUAAUCAGUAGUUGUACAGAUUCGGAGGAGAUAACCGCCGCGAAACAUAAGGAGAAGAGUAAUAAAAUGACUGAAUCAAAUACAUCAAAGGAUAUCAAUGAGAAGGCAUUACAAAGUCCUGGAACACCAACAAAUGCAUCGUUAUCGUUGUCAGAUGGUAAAGACUUUUUCGACGAUGAAAUUGCUGAUCAACCAAGUUUACUUGUGUUCGAUAGUGAAGUAGUUACGUCUGAGAAUACAAUGGUUGAAGAACCAUCCGCUAGUAAAUCGAAACAGGCAUCUGUGGCAUCUAGUCCUGUACAUCAACGUAAAGUUGGACCAAAAUUAAAUCAAGGUUUACAAAGGACUGGUUCGUUAGAUACGUUAUCGCCAUGUGAUAGUAUUGCCUCUGAUGAUUUGAUGAUGGACUUUGAACAAAGUAUGAGCAGUGGUUUUGAUGAUUCAACUGAUAGGUUGGAUUCAAAACAAGGUAGUGGGUAUAAUUCCUUGGAUUUACAUGAAACAAAAGAUCGUGAUUAUCGUGAUGUUCGGCAAGAAUGGUCUGCGUUACUUAAUAAACGAAAUCGUAAAGAAGGAUCACCAUGUUUAAGCACAACAGCAAGUCGUUCAGGAAGUCGUCUUCAACAAACAUUACGAUGUCGUGCAGGUGGAGCAGAACAAAUCAACAACGUACCAGAUUCACCACGUUCGUUAGAUGGAGGUGGUGGUGGAAGCCGUUCACGUAUUACAUCAACAUCAUCAGCAUCACAUAGCCCAUUACGAUUAUCACGUCGUUAUAUGCCAACAUCUUCGCCAACGAGUGGUGGACAGUUAAGUUCAACUGCCUACGAUUCAGAUGAUUCUAUACGAUUAGAUCGUAGUACACACGGUUCGAUGAUGCAAGAUAUUGUUGGCAUGAAAACAAUGUUGUUAAAAUUGAAACGGGUUUUACAAGAGCCAAAUGAAGAUUUAUUGAUGAGGUCUGAAACUCUCAACCCAUUCGAAUCACCGCUAAAGAAUGGGCACUUCAAUAUUAACGAUGGCAUGAAUAACCAAUCAACAGAAAAUGUGGGAGCCGAUGAACGUUUUGAGCUAGCAGAUUUACGUCGUCAAGUUUUAUUUUUACAAGCUCAAUUGGAAGAACGUGAACGAACUGUACAGCAGUUACGUCAACAAGUUGCUGAUGUAACAACAUCAAGUUCAGCACCCACAUCUAUUUGCGAUUCAACAACAGAAAUGUGUAAUGCAGCAACGCAAACUGAUAGAAUACGACCUAUGUCCGCCGGUCCUUCCUUAUUACAAGGUUUUCCCACCGAUGCUGCAAAAGGUGGUCCAUUAGUCAGCAUGAAUAAUGAUGAGUCCACUACAAUGAUGAAGAAACAACAUCGACGAAUACCAACACCCACAUCAAAUGAUUAUUAUCGUCAAAAACAAUCCUACGAUUCAUCAUUGACAACAACAGCAACAAACCCCACUUCACCUCCUUCAACAAAUUUAUUACGUGUAUUUAAUCAAAAAAAAUCAUCAGCUGAAUCUUGCGUCCCCAAUCGAAUAUCUCGACCUGUUUCGCCUGCACAUCCAUCAGCGAUACCAACGAGAAGAUCACUGUCACAUAGUCGUAUUAAAAUCACUACCACACAAUAUUUAUAGUUUGAUUUGGUUGUUUUUUCUUGAUGUUGUCAUUCCAUUUGAGUUCAAAACGUACUAGGAACAAAAAAAUAAUUUGGCUAAAGUCACGGCGUUUGAUAAAUAUUGCUCGGAGUAAGUUUCAUUUGUUAUGUUAGAAGCAAAGGAAAUGUUUCUUAGUUUCAUUUCCGAUACGCGUUAUUAUAUUGCUUACUGCCUGUGAAAUUUGUCGAACAUUUCGACUUUAGCUCUUAGGCUUUUCAAACACAACAAUUAUUAUUAUCUGUGAUCUAAUUAAAAGACUAUAUUUAAAAUAAUAUGUGGUCUUCU